AUGGUAGAUAUGGCUACCCCUAAAUUUAAUAAAAAUUGUGCGACACAUGGUAGUGAAACAAUAUUAGAUAGAUCUGAAAAAGAAACAACUGGAGAAUUUGAUUUCUCUCGAAGAGAUGUAACAAAAGAUACACAAAAUCAAGGCACUAGUUCAAAAAAGGUUAAAGAACCCAAAGAGAAUAGAAAGUCAACCUGUAAAAAUAAUUUAAAAAGAAAAAGAGAUGAUGAUGACUUGAAUUAUGAAGAAUUGUCAUUACUAUUUGAUGAAUCAAAUGAAGAUGCCUUGUGGAAUAAAACAAUGCUACUAGAAAAGAAUGUACAAGAAUACUUUGAUGCUAAUUCUGACCCUGAAUCUCUGUACAGGAAAAGCGAUGCAUCUAGUUUUCAAGGAAUGAUAAUGAGGGAAGAAUUAAAAAUGAGUUCAACAUUUCUUCUAUUUCAUGAGAUAUUUACUUUUGAUAAUAUUAACAAUACUUGGUAG